AUGUUUGAUCUACCAGAUGCUAAGCGUGUUCGCCGCGAUGAGAUGCGUUCUCCAGCGUCAUCCCGAUCGCCGUCACCAGCACCAGACGACGCGGUCGCCCAGGAUGCAUACGCCCGGCUAGGAAAACUACUCAAUCUCGAUCAACUGGAUAAUGCACAGCAGACAACUAGUCAGGACAACCAACCCGCGGAGGACGAGGAUGAGGAACAAGAAUUCGAGUUCCGGCUAUUCAGCGCCCCCGCCAAAUCAACGGAAGAUGCGGCCAAGACAGAUGAGAAAAGUACAGAGGAAAAACUAGUGCCCACUACUCAAAAAUUGAGGAUUCGACUGCAUUCACCUACACCGGGCUCUGGAGGCGGCGAGGGACGAUUUGUGAAAGCCUCCCGCGGGUGGGAUUAUUACUUCUCUACACCUUCUCUACAAGGCACAAGGAGUGGCGAACUUACCGCCGAAGACGAGAGUCGGAUAGCGGAAAAGAAGAAACAAUUUGAGGAUAUGGCUGUUAGCGGUGAGCACAUGCUGACAUGGGCCAACUCGCUUGUCUGGCCCGGCUGCCAUCUCCCCUGGCGAGUCAUUCAUCUCAAGCGACAUCAGACCAAAAUGCCACGGCCGGCCAACAGCCUUCCUGUCUACGUGGUAGAAGGUGUACCUCUCUCGAAGAGCCCACUUACACGCAAGAAGCCAGGCAAGAAGCGCCGAGUACAGCUGCGCAAGCGGGCUGCAGCCGCACAGGCUGCUAAGGAAAAUGAAGCUGAGAAGAGGACUCGGAAGAACCGCGAGAGGAAACUUAAGCGCAGACAAAAAGCCAGAGAGCAGAAGGCUGCAGCGGCGGGUGUCAGCGUUGAAGAUGUUGUCAUGGCGGAUGGCGAUGAUCAUUCCUCUGGCGGGGAGGAAUGA